AUGAGUUUUGCACCUGAUUUUAUCUAUUCAACGGGGUUGAUUUCGAAAGUAAAUGCCGUCAUGUCUGAAAUAUGGUCAGGAUUUUGUGGUAUAAUUGUAGUCGCUGCUCUCUUGUAUAGUGAGAGAACGUCCCCUAAAAAAGUUUCUUUUGAAGAUUUGUCUUCAAUAUGGACCCUUUACAAUGAAGAUGAAGAACGUAGCAUGACUGAGACUUAA